UAUUUCAGAAGCACUUUUACCAAGACUCACUCGUGGUCCGUGGAAUUUUCUUCUCCUCGGUCGUUUCUUUCAAAAGUAAAUAAAAACAGACGAACCAGGUGAAAGACCUUUCUUAGAAAUCACGUGAAUCUGCGAAGAAAACGUAACUGCAAUAUGUUGAGACCAGCUACGCUGAAAUGUGCGAUCACAUCCGUCGGAAUUUUUGCAGCUCUUUUUCUGCUGCUUUCGCGAAACAGAAGUGACAUCAUGAUUGGCCAAGUUGACAAGCGUACUUCGGAUGCAACAACCGACGACGUCGAAAAGCAAAUACAACUCGACUCUGAGCAGACCUCUGGACCUUUCAACAUGAAAACGUGCAAUUUUGACGUUUCUGCAAAGGGCCAAUCUCAAAUUGUGACAGCCGUUUUCAAGAACAAGACAAGAGGGACGUUUGUGGAAGCAGGGGCAAAAGAUGGGGAGACGGGUUCCAACUCGUUGUACCUGGAAGUGGCCCUGGGUUGGACGGGUUUGCUGGUGGAAGCAGAUCCAAAUUACUUCAAGCAACUCGCCCAGAUGAACAGGAGAGCCAAAAUUGUGCACGCCUGCGUCAGUCCAUCGGGGAAGAAAAAUUCUUUGUCCAUUGAGAGGAAGAACAUGGACAACUUCCUCAGUCUCCAUGGGACCACUUUUGAAGUACAGUGCUACCCUCUGUUCAAUUUCUUGGAAGCAGCUGGGUUGCUGAAACUGGAUGUUCUUUUCCUGGAUUGUGAUGGAAUUGAGAGAAGCGUCUUGGACACCUUCCCCUGGCACUUGACAGACAUUGGCAUGGUGUUUGCAGAGUGCAAUCCACCAGGUCCAUUGGAAUGCGAGCACCUGACAGAACCACUAGUUCAAAUCAUGUCAAAAUAUGGAUACAGGAACAUCUCUCAAAUUGAAAAUGAUGUUGUGUUCAUCAAAAAUUCCAUGGAAUAUUCUCCGUGA